AUGCUGAGGAUGCGGACCGCGGGAUGGGCGCGCGGCUGGUGCCUGGGUUGCUGUCUCCUCUUGCCGCUCUCGCUCAGCCUGGCGGCCGCCAAGCAACUCCUCCGAUACCGACUAGCCGAGGAGGGCCCAGCGGACGUCCGCAUCGGCAACGUCGCCUCGGACCUGGGCAUCGUGACUGGCUCGGGUGAGGUGACUUUCAGCCUCGAGUCGGGCUCGGAGUACCUGAAGAUCGACAACCUCACCGGCGAGCUGAGCACGAGCGAGCGGCGCAUCGACCGCGAGAAGCUGCCCCAGUGUCAGAUGAUCUUCGACGAGAACGAGUGCUUUCUGGACUUCGAAGUAUCGGUGAUCGGGCCCUCGCAGAGCUGGGUGGACCUGUUCGAGGGUCGGGUCAUCGUACUGGAUAUCAACGACAACACGCCCACCUUCCCGUCACCCGUGCUCACGCUCACGGUGGAGGAGAACCGGCCGGUGGGCACUCUCUACUUGCUACCCACCGCCACCGACCGUGACUUCGGCCGCAACGGCAUCGAGCGCUACGAGCUGCUCCAGGAGCCCGGGGGCGGUGGCGGCGGCGGCGGCGGCGGCAGCGGCGGCGAGGGCCGGCGUGCUGGGCCUGCCGACAGCGCCCCCUACCCCGGGGGCGGCGGGAACGGCGCGAGCGGCGGCGGCCCCGGCGGCUCCAAGAGGCGGCCGGACGCACCAGAGGGCGGCGGCGGGACCAACCCCAGUGGCCGCAGCAGCGUGUUCGAACUGCAGGUGGCCGACACCCCGGAUGGCGAGAAGCAGCCACAGCUGAUCGUGAAGGGGGCGCUGGAUCGGGAACAACGCGACUCGUACGAGCUGACCCUGCGGGUGCGCGACGGUGGCGACCCGCCUCGCUCCUCUCAGGCCAUCCUGAGGGUGCUCAUCACCGACGUGAACGACAACAGUCCCCGCUUCGAGAAGAGCGUGUACGAAGCUGACCUGGCCGAGAAUAGCGCCCCAGGGACUCCCAUCCUGCAGCUGCGUGCCGCCGACCUGGACGUGGGGGUCAACGGACAGAUCGAGUAUGUGUUCGGAGCGGCUACCGAAUCCGUGCGGCGGCUGCUGCGCCUGGACGAGACGUCCGGCUGGCUUAGUGUCCUGCACCGUAUCGACCGCGAGGAGGUGAACCAGCUGCGCUUCACCGUCAUGGCCCGCGACCGCGGGCAGCCCCCCAAAACCGACAAGGCCACAGUGGUCCUCAACAUCAAGGACGAGAACGAUAAUGUUCCGUCCAUUGAAAUCCGCAAGAUCGGGCGUAUCCCACUCAAGGACGGGGUGGCCAACGUGGCCGAGGAUGUUCUGGUCGACACUCCCAUUGCUCUGGUACAGGUGUCCGACCGAGACCAAGGCGAGAAUGGGGUAGUCACCUGCACCGUGGUGGGUGACGUGCCCUUCCAGCUCAAGCCGGCCAGCGACACAGAGGGCGACCAGAACAAGAAAAAGUACUUUCUGCACACCUCGGCCCCUUUGGACUAUGAGACCACCCGGGAAUUCAACGUGGUCAUUGUGGCGGUGGACUCCGGCAGCCCCAGCCUCUCCAGCAACAACUCCCUGGUUGUCAAGGUAGGAGACACCAAUGACAACCCGCCCGUCUUUGGCCAGUCCGUGGUGGAGGUUUACUUUCCGGAGAACAACAUCCCUGGAGAGAGGGUGGCCACGGUGCUGGCGACAGACGCGGACAGUGGGAAAAAUGCAGAGAUUGCCUACUCUCUGGAUUCCUCUGUGAUGGGAAUCUUUGCCAUCGAUCCUGAUUCUGGGGACAUCCUUGUCAAUACGGUGCUGGACCGAGAGCAGACAGACAGGUACGAGUUUAAAGUUAAUGCCAAAGACAAAGGCAUCCCAGUGCUGCAGGGCAGCACCACGGUGAUUGUGCAGGUGGCUGACAAGAAUGACAAUGACCCUAAGUUUAUGCAGGACGUCUUUACCUUUUAUGUGAAAGAAAACUUGCAGCCCAACAGCCCGGUGGGGAUGGUCACGGUGAUGGAUGCAGACAAGGGGCGCAAUGCAGAGAUGAGCCUCUACAUAGAGGAAAACAGUAACAUUUUUUCCAUUGAAAAUGACACAGGGACCAUUUACUCUACAAUGUCUUUUGACCGGGAACAUCAGACCACAUACACCUUCAGAGUCAAGGCUGUGGAUGGGGGGGAUCCUCCCAGAUCAGCCACAGCAACAGUCUCUCUCUUUGUGAUGGAUGAGAAUGACAAUGCUCCUACAGUUACCCUUCCCAGAAACAUUUCCUACACUUUACUGCCACCUUCAAGUAAUGUCAGGACAGUAGUAGCUACAGUGUUGGCAACAGACAGUGACGAUGGCAUCAAUGCAGACCUUAACUACAGCAUUGUGGGAGGGAAUCCCUUCAAGCUGUUUGAGAUUGAUUCCACCAGUGGUGUGGUUUCUUUAGUGGGAAAACUCACCCAAAAGCAUUAUGGCUUGCACAGGUUGGUGGUGCAAGUGAAUGACAGUGGGCAGCCUUCCCAGUCCACCACGACUCUGGUGCAUGUGUUUGUCAAUGAAAGUGUUUCUAAUGCAACUGUGAUUGACUCCCAGAUAGCCAGAAGUUUGCACACCCCACUCACCCAGGAUAUAGCUGGUGACCCAAGUUAUGAAAUUAGCAAACAGAGACUCAGUAUUGUCAUUGGGGUGGUUGCUGGAAUUAUGACAGUGAUUCUAAUCAUCUUAAUUGUAGUGAUGGCAAGGUACUGCCGGUCCAAAAAUAAAAAUGGCUAUGAAGCUGGCAAAAAGGAUCAUGAAGACUUUUUUACACCCCAGCAGCACGACAAAUCUAAAAAGCCUAAAAAGGACAAGAAAAACAAAAAGUCUAAGCAGCCUCUCUACAGCAGCAUUGUCACUGUAGAAGCUUCUAAACCAAAUGGACAGAGGUAUGAUAGUGUCAAUGAGAAGCUGUCAGACAGCCCGAGCAUGGGGCGAUACCGAUCUGUUAACGGGGGGCCUGGCAGUCCUGACCUGGCCAGGCAUUACAAAUCUAGUUCUCCAUUGCCUACUGUCCAGCUUCACCCCCAGUCACCAACUGCAGGAAAAAAACACCAGGCCGUACAAGAUCUACCACCAGCCAACACAUUUGUGGGAGCAGGAGACAACAUUUCAAUUGGAUCGGAUCACUGCUCUGAAUACAGCUGUCAAACCAAUAACAAGUACAGCAAACAGCCAUUUCGUAGAGUGACGUUUUCUGUUGUGAGUCAGCCUCAGGACCCACAUCAGGGGUCACUGCAGAGUUGCUAUGACAGCGGGCUGGAGGAGUCAGAGACACCAAGCAGUAAGAGUUCAUCAGGGCCAAGGCUGGGUGCCCUUCCACUCCCAGAGGACAACUAUGAAAGGACCACGCCGGAUGGCAGUGUUGAUUCAAGACCUCUUCCAGAUGUAGCCCUGACUGGGAAGUGUACCCGUGAGUGUGAUGAAUAUGGCCACUCAGACUCCUGCUGGAUGCCGGUCCGCACUUCUCCAGAGAGGAAGAAGAACCAGCCCAAACUCUCCACUUUCAUGCCUGUUGAUGAACGAGGAAGCCAGGAAAAGCUGGCCAAUGGUGAGGCCGCGAUCAUGGGUGACCGCAACAGAAACCUCCUAAACAAAAAGUUGACCUCCUCCUAUGAGACCUUCAGUGCAGCUAGUUUCAGCAAAAAUGAGGAAGCCAACCCUGAGGAUAUUCCCCUUACAAAAACAGGGGAAUACAAGCCAUCUCCUGUCAAUACUCUCACUAGAAGAGAAGUUUACCUGUAGGCUAUAAAGAAGAACAGCAAAGUUCUUUUCAUGUAUGAGAAGGAGAAUAAGGGGCAAAAAAACUUACAAAAACCGUGUAAUCAAAAAGAGGGGGCUACCAAAGAGACAAAACUUUGCCUGCCACUUCUGCCUCCAGAUCAGGCCUUUAGUGAUACUGUUAGCCUGAUUGUAAUGUACAAUGUAGAAACCAUCCUUGUUACUUGCAUGUCUGACCCCCUCACUGAUUAUUCCCAACACCCGCUAUUCCUCUUCCCCAUCCCCCUCCAAGGAGGAAAAAAAAAAAAGAUGGUUGCAAGUUUCUUUCAUGGUAACAAGCCUGAUUAGCAGAACACAAUACACUCUCAUUAUCCCUAAGCUGAAGCAUGAUUUAGUCACUUUGAUUUAGUUCGAAUGCCAUCCGGUUGGUCAAAAAAACACCACAAAAAGCAAAAAACCGAAAAACAAACAAACAAAGAACAGAUCAGGUAAAAUGUAUUUCAGACAUACCAUCAGAAUAUGAUUAAUCACCAUGAAAGGCAAUCCCCCCCAAAUGAUAGCGUUCCUGUAAAAGUACAGUUCUUAUUAAGGGGGACUCUAUAAGAAGAAUAUUGAGAAUCUCACAAGCUUUAAAAUUCUAACAAAGACUGACAGCUAGACAAUACCCAGUUAGAGAUUGCAGUCCCAAAUUGGCUUAUACAUAGUUCUUUUCAAGUCAGGGGUAUCCACUUCAAUCCCAUACAUUCAUCAAAUAUUCUUAGUAUACACACAAUCUUGACCACAUAUAUCAAUUACACUAAUUAUAACUUGUAAAAAUUAUAUAUAUAUAUUUUUCAGAACAGCACCGCUGUUAUCAACUAACUGGAACAAUUGUGUCAUUAAAAGGCCAAAGAUCACACGGCAGAUCAGGGAUAUCAUGAAGCAGAUUUGGUCUUGACGUGGAAAUCCAUUAAGCAACGAAAGCAACCGAACCCAUGCACACACAGAAAUACUCAAACACUAGCUUCUUUUACAUUGUCUCUAUACCUGAAAACAUGCAUUCUCUUUUAAAAUGGGUUUUCUUUGAAAGCUCAGAAAACGAAAAACUAAAUGAUGUAUUUUUGGUAUUACAGUAGACAAUUAGUUAAGGUUCAAGUUUAGUUUCAAAAACUAUUAUCAGGGAAGAUUCCACUUGUAAAAACCAUAUUUGUGGGUAGUUAGGGAAAGAAAGAUAUGUUGGUAUACAGUCUUUUAAGUUAAAAUCACUAUUAUCAUUUUAGUAUCCAGGUGAUGUUUACUGGUCUUAUUAUUUACGUUUCAAAUUAUCAAUUGUAUUUUUUAUGUGUUUAAGGAACUCUUUCAUAUAACACAAGUGCAUUAAUUUUGAAUCCUGUGCAAUAUAGCACUAUUUCGAGACUCACAACAUUGAAACAAGGUGACACCCUAAUUGAUUUGUCACUAAUGUGAUUCUGAACGUGAUUGGAUAUGUCUUAAAACAAAUCCAGACGGAACAUGAAAGAAAUGAGUUCUGGUCAGUGAUAUGUCUCCUUGUAUGUACAUCUCAGAGUGGAAAAAUAUGCAAUUUUUUCAGUGGAAAAAAAAAACCCACAGAAUAUGCAGACUUUGGGUCGUUUGUUCUAUAGAGGAUGAUUUAACAUAAUUGGAAAUUAUGAGCUGGGACAUUCAGACAGAAGUGACAAUCCAGCGACAGAAUAGGGGAUAUAACAGGUGAAAAGUGCAAAUGUUCCCAACACUGAAUGUUUGCAACCUGGUUAGGACAUAGCCUGAUGGCUCUCUAGCAAACUGUAGAAAUAAUGUAGCUUUGGAUAGUUUUAUUCUUUACAGAGUUUCUUAGACUAUAAGGUGAAGCAGCCUGGACUAGAGGUUGUGAACUCACUAUAGGUCAUCAAAAUGUUUAUCUUGAAAACCACUUCUCUGGUGGGCUACUCUUUUGGGGUCAUUUCCUUCUGCUCUUUCUUAUAAAUCGAGUUUUCAUUUUGAUGUUAGUUUAUGUAUAAUAGUUAGGAUGAAAGAAGAUAUGUAAUUGAAACAAAAACAUUGGACUAAAAUACCAAUAAUUGAACAUCUUUAUGUUUGAUUAUUAUUUACAUGAUGGAAAGAUGCAAUUCUAGUACUUUGUUAGGAAACUGCAUUAAAGCAGUUCUGCCUUGUAUAAUCUGUAAGUACCUA